CCAGACUAGGCCUAAUAGUAUUAUGUUAUUUUUUUCUUAAUGUAACAAUCCUGAUUAAAUACCUUUUGACACAUUUAUUCUAAGCUUACUCGGUUCCUUUCAAAACUAACUGCAAAUUACUGAGGUAACUAAUUUGUAUGUAACAAACGAACUUCAGCAAAAGUUUGGGAGACAUCAGCAACACCACCUUCUAGAUUGAGGUGAGAAGGUUGAUAACAAAUUUGUCAGCUGGAACAUGGCACAAAUCACUACCUUAGUAUCGUGGGAUACAGAGCUGAGUGCUGACUCUGUAGAGUGGUGUCCAUUUCCCUCCAAGCAUCAGCUGUUAGUCUGUGGCACUUAUCAGCUGAUUGAGGGGGAAGAUCAGCUGACAUCCUCCAGACAAGGCAAACUGCAUUUGCUGUCAUUUAUGGACUCUGAAGUGAAGGAACUCUCACUCCUGCAGACUGUUCACAUGCCUGCAGUACUCGACUGCAAGUGGGCUCCUCAGCUGAUCCAGGAUAAAGCUCUGCUGGGUGUCGUCAAUGCUGCAGGACAGCUGGUUAUCUACAAACUGAUUGAAGGAGAUGAAACAUUACCAGCCAAGCUCGUAGAGGAACUCAGCAUUAAUCUACCUAGCGCAGAAGACAAAGGAGAGGUCCUGGCUUUGGCUCUGGAUUGGUCUGUGAGUUGUGACGUGAGGAUUUCUGUCAGUGACUCAAAAGGUCGGAUAUCCAUCUUCUGUCUGGACACUGCAGGUCUAAAAUUGGAACACAACUGGACAGCCCAUGAAUAUGAAGCUUGGACAGUUCAUAUAGACCGUUUUUGUCCAAAUACUAUUUAUACAGGCGGAGAUGACGCCAAGUUAAGGGCGUAUGAUCUAAGAACAGACCUUCACUCAGCAAAGCUUACCUCCACUCGACAUUCUGCCGGAGUUACAAGCUUCGCUCAGUCAAGCCAGGAACAUCAACUAUUGUCUGGAAGCUAUGACGAGCACAUACUACAGUGGGACACUCGACGUAUGCAGCGACCUGUUCACUCGGUACACACAGGAGGGGGUGUGUGGCGGAUGAGGUUUAACACUACAGAGGACAUGCUACUGGCUGCCUGUAUGUACGAUGGCUUCCACAUAUAUGACAAGGACCUUACAGCUGUGGCCAGCUACAGAGAGCACAGUAGCAUAGCCUAUGGAGCACAUUGGAGUCAUGCAACAACACACAAUAUCAUGGCUACCUGCUCAUUCUAUGAUCACAAGCUCAAUGUAUCUUGUUGUAUCUAA